AUGUUAUUAUCGCGUUGGUGGAUUCGCAAAGCUGGCUUUGCUACCAGAGCCGAUCGUCGCGUUUACAAGAAUGGUUGGGAAGCCAUCAUUGGUAUCGAAGUGCACGCCCAAAUCAAUUCCAAAACCAAGCUGUUUUCUGACAUGGAAACGUCGUAUGAGGAACCACCCAACAGCAAAGUCAACUUGGUCGAUCUUGCAUUCCCAGGUGUGCAGCCGAGGUUGAAUGAACGCUGUGUCGAGCUUGCAGUCAAAACAGCCCUGGCACUCAAAAGCAAUGUACAACAUCAGUCUUCUUUUGAUCGCAAACACUACUUUUACCCUGAUUUGCCACAAGGAUAUCAAAUCACACAACAACGAGAACCCAUUGCACGUGGAGGCAUGAUCGAAUUGACAGAAUUGGAUGGCGUAUCUGAACCUAUUCGUGUUGGCUUACAUCAGAUUCAAUUGGAACAAGAUACCGGCAAAAGUAUGCACGAAUUGGGAUCGACUCUUUUGGAUAUGAAUCGAGCAGGCACAGGGUUAAUGGAAAUUGUGACUCAACCUGAUAUGAGAAACUCGUUCGAAGCGGGAUUAGUGGUCAAGAAAUUACAAAGUGUACUUCAAUGUGUGGGAUCUUCACAGGCCAGCAUGAAUGAGGGAUCUAUGCGAUGCGAUGUCAACGUAUCUGUGCAUCGUGAUGGUGAGCCAUUUGGUACGCGCUGUGAGAUCAAAAACCUAAACAGCAUUCGAUUUUUAUCCAUGGCCAUUGAUGCUGAAAUCGAACGCCAGAUCCAAUUGCUUGAACAAGGUGGCAAAGUGAUACCCGAGACGCGUGGUUUUGAUGUAGCCGGUCGCAAGACUUUUCGAUUACGAAGCAAAGAAACAGCUCCUGACUAUCGCUAUAUGCCGGAACCUGAUCUUCCCAAACUCAUCCUAAGUCAAGAAUAUGUCGAUAGUAUCGCAAUGGACUUGCCCGAAUUACCCGAUGAGACAAGGACACGUAUCAUGAAACAAUACAGCAUGUCGUUGGAUGAUGCAAACUCGCUGUUGAAUGAACCUGGAAGCUUGGAAUUUUUUGAAAAGGUUUGCAAAGGCCGCAACUCACAAAUGGUCCUCAAUUGGACCGUCAAUGAUCUUUUCCGCGAGUUAGCCUUGAAGGAAACGCCAUUCCAUGCAUGUCCUAUCACUGUUGAGGAAAUGGGUGCGUUGGUGGAUAUGGUUGAGAAAAACACCAUCACUGGCAAGAUUGGCAAGGAUGUGCUGCACAUUAUGCUUCAAGAAGGAGGUGGCCAUCCGCAGGAUAUUGUGGACAAAAAGGGAUGGGCUCGUAUUGAUGACAGUGCACUCUUGAAAUCGAUGUGCGAGGAUUUGGUCAAAAAGCACACUCAACAGGCUACAAAGUUCAAGGAAGGCGAAAAGAAAAUGUACAAGUGGUUUAUUGGUCAAAUCAUGCGAGAAACCAAAGGCUUGGCCGACCCCAACCAGAUUAAUGCAGCCCUAUGUGAUGCUCUUGGAUGUAAAUUAGAGGAUGUAGCUGAUAUGCUUGGAGGUAAACAAAAGAAAAAUAAAAAGUAA